AAAGAUGGAAAGGGUCCAAAGAGCGAGGGCAUUGGAAGGGUGAGGACAAGUUUAAUAUUGUGUGCAGAAAGAAAGAGACAAGUUGGAAGAGUCUUUGGUGGAAGAAGGAAGGGUAGAAGCAGAAAAGCAGAAGGAAAAAGAAAAAAAACCAAAAACAAAAAUGGCGACGGAGGGUGCCAACAACAUCAACCCUGACGACCUGGCUGUGGGCUGCAUGCUCUCGAUCAGGACAACGCUGGGCGACGAAUUCGAAGGCCACGUUGUCACCUUCGAUCGCCCCUCCAACAUCCUCGUACUCCAGGAACCUUCCAAGCCCGGCCCUCGUCGAAACAUUCGCUUGCUCAAGGCCAAUUACAUCAAAGACUUCACCUUUCUGGGCCACGCCCAAGACCCACUUGAUCCCAACACCUGCUUCCUCGACCUCACUGCUCUCCAAGCACGGGAACAUGUUGCCGUCAGACAAGCGGAGGCUGAUGCUGAGAGGAUUGGGGUUGGUGUUACCAGCGAGGCACAGAGCAUCUUUGAUGCUUUGUCUAAGACGCUUCCAGUCCGCUGGGACAAGACAGUCAUUGUUGUGAUGAAUGAGGUGCGUGUCAGCAGUCCAUAUCACCCUGAAUCUGUUUUUGGAGGUACUCCUGCUGCAAAUGAUCGGGUGAAGAAAGUGCUUGAGUUUGAGAGGAAGAGGUUGCAACUUCGCAGUUCUGGUGGUCAGUAAAGUUUCACAUUCACAUCCUUUUAUGGUCAAGAAAACACCUCCAUGGAGGAAACAUAUGGGUAUGAUGCUUUUAACAAAACCCUAUACAAGAGGGUUUUCCAAGGCAUAUUCCUGACUUCAGAUAUCUUUUGAUUAUCUGCUGUCUUGAGCUCUCAAGUUCUGUCUUGCUUAUGGAGUUCAUUUGAGGUACUUCUUCCGGAUUCUUCUUAAGAGUGAAUGCUGAAGCAUAUGAUUUAUGGUGUGUUACACUUGGAACCCGAAUAGGUGACUGGGUUAUAUAAUUUGUCGCUUUGCUAUUGGGAAGUUUAACCAAUUACAAUGAGCUAACAUGAACUCAAAAUGACUCUAAUUUGUUCCUUAUAUAAUAAAGCAAAUGCUUUGGAUAAAUCAAGCUAACAUUCCUACC